GUUCAUAUCGCGAAAGUGCUUUUGCCUUCAACACACUUCCCCAUAGUUGUCAGCUGACCGAAGCAAACAGUGGCGCCGUCACUGCAACAGGGAAUGUUAUAUUCAUUCAUAAGCAGCUGAGACCAUGAAGAAGAACAAAGGCAAAGCGAAUAGUACUGCUGAGAAGGAAUUUGUGUUUGAGUUCAGGGCAGGAAAACACAACUGUGUCCUUAAAGUGCCUCUGCAGUUUCCUGUUCAGGAGAACAUCAGUGACCUUCAUGGACGGUUGAUGCUGCUGCACAAAAUACCUUGCUACAUAGAGAGUGAGCUAAAAUCUUCACUUUUAAACUUUGUUGAGAAAGAGACUAUUCUGGACUAUGAUAGAGAGGCGGAACUUGCCCUGCAGAGACUCACAGCAGGAGAUGUCGAUGUAAACCAGCUCACCAGCGCAUGGUCCAGGUCUUAUGUGGAGACUACACUGGAGCAUGCUCGACCUGAAGAGCCCAGCUGGGAUGAGGACUUUGCUGAUGUGUACCAUGAGCUGAUCCACUCCCCUGCAUCAGAUACCCUUCUCAACCUGGAACACAACUACUUUGUUAGUAUCUCUGAACUUAUCAGUGAAAGAGACAUGGAGAUCAAGAAGCUACAGGAGAGGCAAGCUGCAGAAAUGGAUAAAGUGAUGCAUGAGCUAGGAAAUACAUUGAGUGACCAGGAUGUAAAUGCAGUGGCAGCCCAACACUUUGAUGCACAGCAGGUGCUGGAGAACAAAUGGGCAAGUGAGCUGAAGCAAGUGACUGGUAUUCAAAAGCAGGAGUAUCAAGAGUGGGUCAUCAAAUUGCACCAGGAUCUGCAGAAAUCCAACAACAGCAGCAAAAUUAAUGAAGAAAUAAAAGUGCAGCCAAGCCAGCUGUCAGAACUUGCAGAUUCCGGGACCAGGAUUUACGAAGAGCAGCCUCAGCUGGAGGAGAGCUUCACCAUUCACUUAGGUGCUCAGCUGAAGACCAUGCACAACCUGCGUCUGGUCCGCGCAGACGUGUUGGAUUUCUGUAAACACCGUCGACAUGGCAGCAGUGGAGCAAAGCUGCGACGGCUACAGACGGCACUCUCACUCUACUCCUCCUCACUUUGUGGUCUGGUGCUGCUGGUCGACAACAGGGUCAACUCCUACAGUGGCAUCAAGAGAGACUUUGCAACAGUAGCAAAGGAGUGUACGGAUUUCCACUUUCCCUGUCUGGAGGGGCAGCUGGAGGAGGUGCAGCAGCUGGUUCUGUAUGCCCGAGCCCAGCGGAGCAGCAAACAGAAAGACCAACCUGAAAUCCCAAGAAAUGGAGGUGAAGAUAAAAGCAAAAAUGUUGAAAGAAAUCCCUCAAACAUCCUACCAGGUGAGUUCUACAUCUCACGGCAUUCCAACCUGUCAGAAGUCCACGUUGUAUUUCACCUGUGCGUGGAUGACAACGUCCGUUCAGGGAACAUCACAGCCCGUGACCCAGCUAUCAUGGGCUUAAGAAACAUCCUGAAGGUCUGCUGCACACAUGACAUUACCACUGUCACGGUCCCUCUGCUGCUGGUUCACGACAUGUCAGAGGAAAUGACCAUACCCUGGUGUCUUAAGAGGGCUGAGUUGGUUUUCAAAUGUGUUAAAGGAUUCAUGAUGGAGAUGGCCUCAUGGGAUGGAGGUAUCUCACGCACAGUCCAGUUUCUAGUGCCAAAGAGUAUUUCAGAGGAGAUGUUCUACCAGUUGAGCAACAUGCUGCCUCAGAUCUUCCGCGUCUCCUCCACCUUAACACUCACCUCAAAGCACUGAUGCAGAGAGAUACACAGCAUGGCAUUUUCAAGGUGGCUGGACGAAUGGAUGACAGCUCUGACAAGUUGUGUGUCUUUUGAUUAUGUUUUACAACGUUCUGAAAAAAAACAAAAACAAAAACAAAACA